CUACAGUUUAAAAGCUUAAUUGAAAAUGUCACUAAUUCCUAGAAUUUUCGGUGAUCAACGAAGCAGUAGUAAGUUUGAUCCAUUCUCAAUGGACAUGUUUGAUUCCUUCAAGGAAUUAGGCUUUCCAGUUUCAAAUUCAGGGGAGAUCUCUGCAUUUGCGAACACUCGAGUCGAUUGGAAGGAAACUCCAGAAGCUCAUGUGUUUAAGGCCGAUCUUCCAGGGCUUAAGAAGGAGGAAGUGAAAGUGGAGAUCGAAGAAGAUAGGGUUCUUCAAAUUAGCGGAGAGAGGAACGUGGAGAAGGAAGAUAAGAAUGAUAAGUGGCAUCGCGUGGAGCGAAGCAGCGGCAAAUUCAUGAGAAGAUUUAGACUUCCGGAGAAUGCAAAGAUGGAUCAAGUUAAGGCUUCUAUGGAGAAUGGAGUGCUUACUGUUACUGUUCCAAAGGAACAAGUGAAGAAGCCUGAUGUCAAGUCCAUUGAGAUCUCUGGUUAGACGCUUUGGUUAAAAAUAUACAUUUGUGAAUUAAAUAUUAGUAUAUGAUGUAUGGGCAAAUAAACAAUGGAUCAUGUCUGUUGAAGAUUUGAAGUUGCUCUGUUUUUCUAUUUAAGUCUUGAGUCGGCUCUGUUUCUGCUUAAUGGCGUAGUUGUACUUUUCCAAAUUCCAUGUUGAAUAUCAGAAUAUGAAAUACUAGUCUUUUUAUU